UAAAAGGAUAAACUAGAUCACUUGCGAGCACACAUCUCCGCUUACAUUCCCCGACAGCCAUGGCGAAGUGGCGGGACUUCGUACUGUUCAGCUCCUUGUUGGCCAACAUCGCCACUUCCUCUGAUAAUGUGGGAAGAUUCGAUCCUGAUCAUUACUACAUUCUUGAGAGUGGAGGAUCCUACAAGUAUGGACACCAAAGACAAGAUGGCACUUAUGAAAGGGCGGAGGCGAGCCAACCAGGAAAUGUUUUAGGAGAAUUUGGUUUUAGAGAUGCUUCAGGAACGGACUACAAGCUGGAAUACACUGCUGAUCAAAGAGGGUUCCAGCCUUCUGGUGAUCACCUUCCUUCAGUUCAUACAAAAGCUGCAUUAGAAAAUCUGGGAGUUGGUUUUGUAUCAUCUGAUGGAGGUUACACCUUCAACUAUGAAACUGACUCCAGUGAUCGAGAAGAAAGCGCUGACUCAAACCUCAAUGUUAAAGGAAGAUUCAGUUUCCAAGGAACUGAUGGACGCCGCAGAACUAUUCGGUACAGAGCAGGAGCAGGUACCGGCUUUGUCGCCCAAGGAGAUCAUAUUCCUGUUUCCCCAGAGGUUCCGUCAGGGUCACAGUUAGUCCCUCAGACAAGGAGUGGCCCUUCAGCACCAGUACCCUCUUCAGCACCGUCUUCAGCACUUGCAUCCCCAGCACAAGUGAGCAGCUCUUCAUCACCAGAUGGAAGUUACAGCUUUAAUUAUGAAACUGAUUCUAGUGACCGAGAAGAGAGUGCUGACCCAAACCUCAAUGUUAAGGGAAGAUUCAGUUUUCAAGGCACUGAUGGACGCCGCAGAACUAUUCGGUACAGAGCAGGAGCAGAUACCGGCUUUGUCGCCCAAGGAGAUCACAUUCCUGUUUCUCCAGAGGUUCCCUCAGGAUCACAGGUAGUCCCUCAGACAAGGAGUGGCCCUUCAGCACCUGCAUCCCCUGCAACAUCUUCAGCUUCAGCACCAUUUUCCUCUCCUGCACAAGUAAGCAGCUCUUCAUCACCAGAUGGAAGUUACAGCUUUAAUUAUGAAACUGAUUCUAGUGACCGAGAAGAGAGUGCUGACCCAAACCUCAAUGUUAAGGGAAGAUUCAGUUUUCAAGGCACUGAUGGACGCCGCAGAACUAUUCGAUACAGAGCAGGAGCAGAUACCGGCUUUGUCGCCCAAGGAGAUCACAUUCCUGUUUCUCCAGAGGUUCCCUCAGGAUCACAGGUAGUCCCUCAGACAAGGAGUGGCCCUUCAGCACCUGCAUCCCCUGCAACAUCUUCAGCUUCAGCACCAUUUUCCUCUCCUGCACAAGUAAGCAGCUCUUCAUCACCAGAUGGAAGUUACAGCUUUAAUUAUGAAACCGAUUCUAGUGACCGAGAAGAGAGUGCUGACCCAAACCUCAAUGUUAAGGGAAGAUUCAGUUUUCAAGGCACUGAUGGACGCCGCAGAACUAUUCGGUACAGAGCAGGAGCAGAUACCGGCUUUGUCGCCCAAGGAGAUCACAUUCCUGUUUCUCCAGAGGUUCCCUCAGGAUCACAGGUAGUCCCUCAGACAAGGAGUGGCCCUUCAGCACCAGCACCAUCUUCAGCACCAGCACCAUCUUCAGCACCAGCACCAUCUUCAGCACCAGCACUAUCCUCAGCACCUGCAUCCCCAGCACAAGUGAGCAGCUCUUCAUCACCAGAUGGAAGUUACAGCUUUAAUUAUGAAACUGAUUCUAGUGAUCGAGAAGAGAGUGCUGACUCAAACCUCAAUGUUAAGGGAAGAUUCAGUUUCCAAGGCACUGAUGGACGCCGCAGAACUAUUAGGUACAGAGCAGGAGCAGGUUCCGGCUUUGUCGCUCAAGGGGAUCACAUUCCUGUUUCUCCAGAGGUUCCCUCAGAAUCACAGGUAGUCCCUCAGACAAGGAGUAGCCUUUCAGCACUUGCACCAUCUUCAGCACCUUCAUCCCCUGCAACAUCUUCAGUUUCAUCACCAUUUUCCUCUCCUGCACAAGUGAGCAGCUCUUCAUCAUCAGAUGGAAGUUACAGCUUUAAUUAUGAAACUGACUCUAGUGACCGAGAAGAGAGCGCUGACCCAAACCUAAAUGUUAAAGGAAGAUUCAGUUUCCAAGGAACUGAUGGACGCCGCAGAACUAUUCGGUACAGAGCAGGAGCAGAUACCGGCUUUGUCGCUCAAGGAGAUCACAUUCCUGUGUCUCCAGAGGUUCCCUCAGGAGCACAGGUAGUCUCUCAGACAAGGAGUGGCCCCUCAGCACCAGCACCAUCUUCAGCACCUGCAUCCCCAGCACAAGUGAGCAGCUCUUCAUCACCAGAUGGUAGUUACAGCUUUAAUUAUGAAACUGACUCUAGUGACCGAGAAGAGAGUGCUGACCCAAACCUCAAUGUUAAAGGAAGAUUCAGUUUCCAAGGCACUGAUGGACGCAGAAGAACUAUUCGGUACAGAGCAGGAGCAGGUACUGGCUUUGUCGCCCAAGGAGAUCACAUUCCUGUUUCUCCAGAGGUUCCCUCAGGAUCACAGGUAGUCCCUCAGACAAGGAGUGGCCCUUCAGCACCAGCACCAUCUUCAGCACCAGCACUAUCCUCAGCACCUGCAUCCCCAGCACAAGUGAGCAGCUCUUCAUCACCAGAUGGAAGUUACAGCUUUAAUUACGAAACUGACUCUAGUGACCGAGAAGAAAGCGCUGAUCCAAACCUCAAUGUUAAGGGAAGAUUCAGUUUCCAAGGCACUGAUGGACGCCGCAGAACUAUUCAGUACAGAGCAGGAGCAGGCACUGGCUUUGUCGCUCAAGGAGAUCACAUUCCUGUUUCUCCAGAGGUUCCCUCAGGAUCACAGGUAGUCCCUCAAACAAGGAGUGGCCCUUCAGCACCAGCACCAUCUUCAGCACCAUCCUCAGCACCUGCAUCCCCAGCACAAGUGAGCAGCUCUUCAUCACCAGAUGGAAGUUACAGCUUUAAUUAUGAAACCGAUUCUAGUGAUCGAGAAGAGAGUGCUGACUCAAACCUCAAUGUUAAGGGAAGAUUCAGUUUCCAAGGCACUGAUGGACGCCGCAGAACUAUUAGGUACAGAGCAGGAGCAGGUUCCGGCUUUGUCGCUCAAGGAGAUCACAUUCCUGUUUCUCCAGAGGUUCCCUCAGAAUCACAGGUAGUCCCUCAGACAAGGAGUGGCCCUCCAGCAUUUAUACCAUCUUCAGCACCUUCAUCCCCUGCAACAUCUUCAGCACCAGCACUAUCCUCAGCACCUGCAUCCCCAGCACAAGUGAGCAGCUCUUCAUCACCAGAUGGAAGUUACAGCUUUAAUUAUGAAACUGACUCUAGUGACCGAGAAGAGAGCGCUGACCCAAACCUAAAUGUUAAAGGAAGAUUCAGUUUCCAAGGAACUGAUGGACGCCGCAGAACUAUUCGGUACAGAGCAGGAGCAGAUACCGGCUUUGUCGCCCAAGGAGAUCACAUUCCUGUUUCUCCAGAUGUUCCCUCAGGAUCACAGGUAGUCCCUCAGACAAGGAGUGGCCCUUCAGCACCAGCACCAUCUUCAGCACCAGCACCAUCCUCAGCACCUGCAUCCCCAGCACAAGUGAGCAGCUCUUCAUCACCAGAUGGAAGUUACAGCUUUAAUUAUGAAACCGAUUCUAGUGACCGAGAAGAGAGCGCUGACCCAAACCUAAAUGUUAAAGGAAGAUUCAGUUUCCAAGGAACUGAUGGACGCCGCAGAACUAUUCGGUAUAGAGCAGGAGCAGGUACCGGCUUUGUCGCCCAAGGAGAUCACAUUCCUGUUUCUCCAGAGGUUCCCUCAGGAUCACAGGUAGUCCCUCAGACAAGGAGUGGCCCCUCAGCACCAGCACCGUCUUCAGCACCUGCUUCCCCAGCACAAGUGAGCAGCUCUUCAUCACCAGAUGGAAGUUACAGCUUUAAUUACAAAACCGACUCUAGUGACCGAGAAGAAAGCUCUGAUCCAAACCUCAAUGUUAAGGGAAGAUUCAGUUUCCAAGGCACUGAUGGACGCCGAAGAACUAUUCAGUACAGAGCAGGAGCAGGUACUGGCUUUGUCGCCCAAGGAGAUCACAUU